AUGGAAUCAAGCGAAACAAUGCCAGAUACCUCAAAAGCCGACCACCUCUGUGUUCUCAUUCACGGACUUUGGGGAAACCCUUCGCACCUUAAUUAUAUCGCGUCGGCACUGAGAGACAGAUAUGGCGGUGACAACCUCUACAUCCUCUGCCCGAAAACAAACAGCGGCAACUAUACCUACGACGGAAUCGAAUUGGGCGGAGAAAGAAUAGUGCACGAGGUCGAGGAGACGCUGGAAUCUCUAGCCGAGAGGGGACAAAAGAUCACAAAAAUCAGUAUGAUUGGAUAUUCGCUUGGUGGUCUGCUCGCGCGCUAUGCGAUCGGCUUGCUUAAUGCACGAGGUUGGCUAGAUAAGCUGGAACCCAUGAACUUCACGACCUUUGCCACGCCACACGUUGGAGUGAGAGCCCCACUGAAAGGGUACAAGGAUCAGAUUUUCAAUGUCCUAGGGCCGAGGACUAUCUCGGCAUCUGGCCGCCAAAUGUGGCUGGUCGAUUCCUUCCGAGAUACUGGGCGGCCGCUUCUCGGUGUUUUGGCUGAUCCCGAGAGCAUCUUCAUAACUGGACUGAAGAAGUUCCGGCAGCGCAGUGUUUAUGCGAACAUCGUCAAUGACCGCUCAGUUCUAUUCUAUACGUCUGGUCUAUCUAAAGUGGACCCAUUCCGGGAUUUGGAAGACGUGAAUAUCAACUAUGUCAAGGAUUAUGAAGAUGUCAUUAUUGAUCCCGACCUUCAUGUGCUUCCUCCCGUGGAAAGAAAGCCUGGAAGCGCAACAGCGCGAUUCUGGAAGAAAGUAAAAUCAGUGACCCUUUGGAUACCUCUGUCACUCUUGCUCAUUAUUCUCGUGCCUCUCGCUUCUACAUUCUUCUUGAUAAAUGCUGGGAUCCAAACGUGUCGCAGUUCGAAGCGCAUUCGUCUGCAUGAAGCUGGCGAAAACGGCGAGCGGUUCGGAAGAUACAGAGUACCGGUUUUGCUCCAAGACGCUCAUCAUGUUGUGGAGCAGGCCUUCGAGAACGUCAAUACUAUACAAGAACCAGCUUAUUUGUCCAACAGCGAUACUGAAGUAUCUGAUGCGGCACCUGAGAAGUCUAGAUCGUCUUUCUCGGACUCUGCGCAAAAAGAUGCCGACGUCGAGUCUUCAUCGGCUAGACGUUUAUCAACGGAGGUCUCGACACAUUCUCCUAAGCUUGCAUUGACUCACGAACAAUUUGGCAUAAUUGAUUCCCUUAACGCCGUGGGAGUUCGGAAAUAUCCAGUCCAUAUACAGAAGCACCACCACAGCCAUGCAGCUAUCAUCGUCCGGGCCGAGAAGGAUGGGUUCCGAGAGGGCAAGAUUGUGAUGAAGCAUUGGCUAGACAAUGAGUUCGUGUUAUGA